AUGUCGUCGCCAGUAGCAGACCUCGAGUCUGGUCUCAAUGUCAUGCUCGGCAAUAAGCCACCGGGUGUUUCUGGCUCGCAAAUCAAGAACAUCACAGCGCUCUGCGUCAACAACGUUCAGUCCGAAUCCGUUCUCAUUCAGAAGAUCUUUACUCACUUCAAGAAAACCCCGGGCACUCACAAACUAGGUGUUCUCUACGUUGUAGAUUCUGUGACUCGCCGCUGGAUAGAUCAAGCCAAGCAACAGAACCAGACAAUCAAUAGCUCAGCUCCUGACGGUACAUACGCUGCUGGUGUGCAUAGAGUAACAGAGUUGAUCCCUGUAUUGAUGAAUGACAUUCUUCAAUCUGCCCCUGAAGACCAAAAGGAGAAAAUUAAGAAACUUGUCGACAUUUGGGAAAAGGGACAAACCUUCCCGGCAACACUAAUCGAGUCAUUCAAGCAAAAGCUGAAUGCUCCCAAAAGUAAGUUAUCAUCAGUGCUUCUAGGAGAUACUCAACGCGAUAUCUUCAUCGUCGCCCACGUGGAUCGAUUGUCUAAUCUUUGCGGUCUCCCGGCAGAUGAAUCUACAACCCCCAUCGGUAGCCCCCCUCCGGGCCCGGGACUACCUGGUCUACCCGGCUUCAACGUUGCUGCUGCCAAUGACAAGCCGGCGGCCUUUGGUGCCCCAAGCGACAUCAUGGAGGCACUCAAGAAGAUAGCCCAGCAGAACAGUAGUGUCGCGCCGAGCAAUAGUGCUGUCCCAGCUCUCACUCCAGCUUCAGACUCCUAUUAUGUCCGAAGCGCAUCAGCUCAGCAGAAUGGUGCCGCGCAGCAACAGCCUCCGCCUCUGCCUGUAACUCAGAGCCAGCCUUCAUUUCCGUUCUCUGCUGCACCGCCGCCGUCUGUGAACCCGGCGAUGCCUUUUGCGUAUCCUCCGUCGGCUCCUGCCCCGGCACAUGUUCCUGCGUAUCCCGUGACUGCUAGUAGCCAGCCUGGUGGAUUUCCUGGUAUCGCAGCUAUCCCCCCGCCAGUUCCUGGAGUAGACCCGGCCGCAGCCCAGCAGGUUCAGUUGAUCCAGCUCCUAGCUCAGCAAGGUAUACCUGCAGAGAAUAUUCCUGCUUUGUUGGCGGCUUUUCAGACCAAUGUGCCUCCCGUAACUCAGUCGGCUCCCAUUCCGGCCGCACCAGCAGGCCCACUUCCGUAUAGUAAUUCGUGGGGUCAAGAUCAGUCCCGCUCAGAUAUGUCGCAGAACCGCAACUACGGCGGCAGAUCUCCCAAUAGGUAUCAAAAUCGGUCGCGAUCGAGAUCACCGACACGCCACUGGGGAUCCCGCGACUCGCCCCGGGGCAGAAGUGAUCGCGGACACGGCGGUUACGGACGUGAUUCGCCAGCCCAUGGCCGAGAUGACCGUUCUGGCUGGGGCGGAGAUUAUCGUCAACGAAGCCCGCCUGGACGUAGAGGCCGCAGCUCGUCCCCCCAGCGAUUUGACCAACCCCAGCCCGGUCAAAAAUGGGUAGAAUUCGAUCGUAGUCUCCCAUCUGGCCACAUUAAAGUCCUAAGCCGUACCUUGUUUGUUGGAGGUGUCACAUGCUCGGAAGCUGAGCUGCGGAGCAUGUUCAACAGGAGUGGACAAGUGCAGACAUGCAUUGUAAACAAGGAUAAGAGACAUGCAUUUGUCAAGAUGGUUACACGCAAAGAUGCAGUGGCUGCCAAGGAGGCCAUGGAGAAUAGCCAGUACAGGACACGAUGGGGUGUUGGUUUUGGCCCCCGAGACUGCAGUGACUACUCGAGCGGCAUCAGCAUCAUUCCGAUCAACAAGCUGACUGAGGCGGACCGAAAGUGGAUGUUGACGGCCGAGUGGGGUGGCAGCGGAGGGCGGUCGAUUGAGUCAGGCAUGGUUGUCGAGGAGCCCGACAUCGAGAUUGGUGCCGGCGUCUCAUCCAAAGCCAUCAGUCGACGGAUGCAGACCGAUCGGGGAGGCAAGCACGGCCCCAAGUCUAGCAGAGGCGAUGACGAGGAGAACUUGGGAAGAUGGCGACGGAACAAGGAAAACAACCCCCGCCGAGAGGACCAGCGCGGCGACAACAGGGAAUUCGGCAACAGCCAGCAGCCUAUGGUUCCUGAUUUUCCUUACGGCAUUCCCACAGGAAACAAUGGGAUGCCGAUAUUCCCUCCGGGCUUCGCUUUUCCGAUGCCGCCAAGCCAGUAG